AUGACUAUUGAGACUGUUUGGAAGAAGUUUCCUAUAAGAGAAACAGAACUUAGUCUAAGUAAAGUAUUAAGAUGUGGACAAACAUUUAGAUGGAAGAAUAUUAAUAAUAUUUGGUCAUUCACUACCAAUGAUAGAAUCAUUCUUUUGAAACAAGAUCCAGAUCAUAUCCAUUAUUCUCAUAUAAUGAGAGAAGGGACCACAGGUUCUGAUUCUGAAACCUUUGAAUUCAUAAAUGAUUAUUUCACAUUACCAAUUAAUCUCUCACAAUUAUAUACUCAUUGGAAAUUUCAACAUGAAAAAUUUAAAACCCCAACUAAAAUAUCUCCAUUUGAUACAUUUACGGGGAUAAGAAUAUUAAGACAAGAUCCUUGGGAAUGUUUAAUUUCAUUCAUUUGUUCAUCUAACAAUAACGUUAAAAGAAUAUCUCAAAUGUGUGAUAAAUUAUGUGUCAACUUUGGAAAAUAUAUAAACACAUAUCAGGAUCACGAGUAUUAUUCAUUUCCAUCUCCAAAAGAAUUAUCUGCCCUUGAUGUGGAAUCAAAAUUACGUGAAUUAGGAUUCGGUUAUCGAGCAAAAUAUAUUCAUAAAACCGCACUUCAAUUCGUAAAUGAUCCCAAUAUUACAUUGGAUAAAUUAAUGGAAUUACGUGAAUCCGAUCAUCAAACUGCACAUGAUUUCUUGUUACAAUUAACUGGUGUGGGGCCCAAAGUUGCAGAUUGUAUUUGUCUAAUGUCUUUGGAUAAACAUGACACCGUACCCAUCGAUACCCAUGUUUAUCAAAUUGCAAUUCGAGAUUAUAAAUUCAAAGGAAAGAAAGAUAUGAAAACUUUAAAUAAGACAACUUAUGUCGCUAUUAGAGAAUUUUUCAAAGAUAUAUUUGGUGAUUAUGCUGGUUGGGCACAAUCGGUUUUAUUUGCCGCUGAUUUGGCUGAUCUUAAUAAUGGUACAAAUAUAAAAGUGGAAGACGAGAUAGAAGUGGAAACGAAAAUUCGAUUAAAGAAAUCAAGGACUGGAAUAGAGUUAAAGGAAGCUUCUAGGAAGAGGAUAAAAGUUGAAGCGUAG